AUGAAGCCGAGCAUUUUUGUAUCUCUCGCAGCAUUAGCGGCGAGGGAAAUUGCCGCUCAUGCCACUUUCCAACAGCUUUGGGUUGACGGCUCCCAGUGUGCACGAUUGCCCCAGAGUAACUCGCCGGUCACCAACGUUGCUGGGAACGAAAUCAGAUGCAACGUCGGCGGGACGAGCGGCGUGAAUGCCAAAUGCCCGGUCAAGGCUGGGGGAACAGUCACCGUCGAGAUGCAUCAGCAAAAUGGUGAUCGAAGCUGCAAGAACGAGGCCAUCGGCGGAGCGCAUUAUGGCCCCGUUAUAGUCUACCUCAGCAAAGUCGACAACGCCGCCUCGGCCGACGGUUCCUCAGGCUGGUUCAAGAUCUUCCAAGACGGCUGGUCCGCCAAACCAGGCGCCGGCUCCGGCGACGACGACAACUGGGGUACCAAGGAUCUCAACACCUGCUGUGGCAAGAUGGACAUCCCCAUUAGCAGAGACAUUGCCGACGGCGAUUACCUGCUCCGCGCGGAAGUCAUCGCCCUUCACGCGGCUGGUCCCUCGGGCGGAGCGCAGCUAUACAUGACGUGCUUCCAGAUCUCGGUCACGGGUGGCACGGGGGUGGACAAGCCUGCGACGGUUAUCUUCCCCGGCGCGUAUAAGGCCAGCGACCCUGGCAUCGCUGUCAACAUCCACGCCAAGCUGUCUGGGUAUACGGUUCCCGGCCCUGCUGUUGCUUCGACCGGGACCACGAAGACUGCGGGUUCGGGAUGCAGUGGUUGCGCGUCUACCUGUGAUGCUGCCAAGGGCCCUGUUGGCACGGCGCUUCCUGUGUCGCCUGUUGGUGGAGGAGGCACUUCUCCUGGAAACGGUAGCCCGCCAUCGUGUACUGUUCAGAAGUACGCACAAUGUGGUGGUCAGGGUUGGACAGGUUGUACUACCUGUGCGUCUGGUUCGACUUGUCAGGGCGUUUCAGCACCGUACUACUAUCAGUGUGCUUAG